UAAGCGAUAAAAUAAUAAUAUUUUAUCUUCUGAUGAUCAUAGAAAUGAAAUGUAGAUCAGUAUGAUGAUAUCACAUCGUAAAACACUCCCGUUGAUAGCCGUAGUAUUAUUGCAAAUAUAUUUUACUCUUGACAUAAGCUUAUCGAUCGACGAAAACACUAUCUCGAGAUCGAGAUUCUACGAUAUAUUAGUUUCCAGAAGUAAAAAAAAUCAAUUUAGCAAAGUAAUGGACAACUUUUUCAACACGUUUCAUAUUCGGAAUUUAUAACUCAACUGUUACAGAAGUUUAAUAUUAAUUUUCAUUAUGGCCAGAGUAUUUUUAAUUAUUAUCAUCGUAUAUAUAAGUGGUUUUUUUGAGUGUUUAAAAGGUUCAAAUUCAGAACAGCUUGAAUGGCUUUCUGACUUGCGUAAUUACAUAAAAACUAUUGCAGACGAGUAUCAGGUAAUGAUAAUUAAUUCUGCAAACCAGACAGAAUCUGUAGAUAAUCCAUCGAUACGUAAUUUAUUAAUCAGUACAAUUGAAAGUCGUCCUACUUUACGACUAAGUCUUAAUAGAUCAUCAAAAACAAGUCAGAAUAAAUUGUACGAUGAAAUAAGUGAUACAGCAGGAACUUUUUUCAUUUUAAUCCGAGAUCAUAAAUUUACUGACAUUAAAUCUUUGAUGAAUAUGAUCGACGUGUUAAAAGAACUUUCCUUAACAAAAGAAAUAACAAAAUUUUUACUUAUUUCCUUAUCCAUGGAAUCAAAUGAAACUUUUGAGAUUAUUUUUCAGUAUACUUGGAAAAAACAAAUAGUAGAUAUUACAAUUUUAGAAAUACCAAAUUGUGAUAUAAAGAUAAAUACAAUCCUGAAAGAUUGUUCUGAAAAAAUACCUACAAUUCAUCAAUUCAAUCCGUUCUUAAAUUUAUUUAAGCACGAACUAUAUUCAUCUGAAACUCAGUGGUUCCCAAUAAUUAUGAAAAAUUUAUACGGUUAUCCUAUUAAAGUUGCACUUGUUAACGAUCCACCCUUUUCUUUAGUAAGAUAUAAUGAAAAAUUACAAGUAAAAAGUAUGUCUGGCCCGGAUAUUUUGGUAAUGAAAGCUUUGGAAUCAAAAAUGAAUUUCACUGCCAAAAUUCUACCUCAUUUAAUUGGUUACGAAGAAAUACGAAACGGUUCAAUAGAUGGACUAUUCAAAUUAUUAGAAUCCGAUAAAAUAGAUUUAAUAGCUCAUGUUAAUCCUCAUUACACUGAAGAUAUAACCGAAAAUGCAUAUCGUACUGGGGUGUUAUUUGUUGAUGAAUUGUGCGCUCUAGUGCCAAUAGAAAAAGAAAUUAAAGUUCCCUUGUCACUGAGUGCACUGGAAGCAAUCAUAAUAUCUACUACAAUAGUGAUUUCAUUUUGGAUACCGGCUUUUUUGUUAAAUUUCGACAGAAGCUGUUGGAGUAUUUUUGUUAUUUUUCGAGUGUUAUUUGGUAUUUCUGUAAAUAAACGUCCGUUAAUAACUUCUCAACGAAUUUUAUAUACAUUUCUUAUGGUUAUAUCGUUUUCAUAUUCUUCAAAUAUUUAUGCUUCUUUGACGAGUGUCAGUAUUGAUACAGACCGUGAAAUUGAAUACAGGAAUUUUGAUGAUUUGGCUAAAUCAUCGCUAACACCAAUUAUUUCAAAAUAUCUUUAUGAAAAAACAUUUAGUGAGAGUGAAGGAGCGAUAUUGGAAUUAAAAAAUAAAGUUAAAAAUACAACAAAUAUAUGGAGAUGCCCAUUUAAAGCUGAAAGAAACAAAAAUAUCACCUGUUUGAUGGGUAAACUUGAGAGUGAAAUUUAUUUAUCACUAAAAAAAUCAAAAAAACAGACACUAAAGCUUUCAAAAGUAUGUUUUUGGUCUGAUAGUUAUACUUUUUUAUUAAGAAAAGGUUCACCACUUCGAAGGGCAUUCAAAAACAUAUUUUUGAUAUUUUCUGCUGUUGGAUUACAUUCAAAAUGGUAUAAAAAACAUGCAGAAAUGGAACUGUCUGAAGAUAUAAUUGAAAAUACUGUUGAAGAAUUACUUAUUCCUACGAAAACUUUGCUUGAACAGCUGGCAGCUAUUUUAUUAUUUGGUUACAUAGCUUCCGGUAUAGCUUUCAUUGGAGAAAUAAUAUACAAUAAAAUACUGAAUAAUUGGAAAAUUAAAAGCUAUAAAUUUUACAAUUGCAAAAUAGUCGAAAAUAAUUUUACUUAAGUUAUAAAUUAUAAA